UCGGCAGUCAGUCUACUCGCGUCUUUCCCACAGUGCAACAUGCUUCUCGCGUUCUUCGCCGUACUACUUGCGGUACCGCUUCUGCUGUGGUUCCUCCGCAACUCUUCUAACACUCUUUGGAUCGCACUUGGCUUCUAUCGACUUCACAAGAAACACAAAAACAUUCCACCAGGACCGAGGCCUUGGCCUAUUAUUGGCAGCUUACAUCUUCUAGCGAAGCACCAAAACCCACUGGAGGCAUUCACAGAAUUGAGCAAGAGAUACGGAGAUGUCUUUAGUAUCUACCUAGGCUCGACCCCCUGCGUGGUAGUGAACAGCUUUGAACUUAUCAAAGAAGUUCUUAUUACUAAAGGAGGAGAUUUCGUGAACAGGCCAGACUUCAUGAGGUUCCAUAAGCUUUUCGGGGGAGACAGAAAUAACUCUCUGGCCCUUUGCGACUGGUCUUCGAUUCAGCAAACCAGGAGGUCCAUAGCCAGGAUCUACUGCUCUCCAAGGUUUACUUCUCUCCAGUACGACAUGGUCAGCAACGUUGGAGUUCGUGAAAUAGAAUCUUUCCUAUCAAACCUGAGCACCUUACCUGUCAACGAACCUACGGACAUCAAACCAGCAGUUCUAGCGGCAUGUGCCAACAUGUUUACGCAGUACAUGUGUUCCACCAGUUUUUCGUAUGAAGAUCAGGAGUUCAAAAAAACUGUUAGAUUUUUCGACGAGAUUUUCUGGGAGAUCAACCAGGGGUAUGCUGUGGACUUUAUGCCGUGGCUUUUACCAGCUUAUACUUACCACAUGAGGAAACUUUCUACCUGGGCCACAGAAAUAAGACGUUUCAUUCUGAGCAGAAUAGUAGAUGAUCACAAAUCUACUCUAGAUUUAAAUUCACCACCUAGAGACUUCACAGAUGCUCUAUUGAUGCAUUUGGAAGAGGAUUCGCACCUCAACUGGCAACAUAUCAUUUUUGAAUUAGAAGAUUUCAUUGGUGGACAUUCAGCAGUAGGUAACCUGGUAAUGGUCACCUUAGCAGAGAUAGUAAAACACCCUGAGGUCCCUAAGCGCAUUCAGGAAGAGGUAGAUCAUGUAACUCGUAGCCAACGGUGCCCUACUCUAGCUGAUAAGCCCAAUAUGCCUUACACUGAGGCCACGCUUUGGGAGACGUUAAGAAUGGCUUCCUCGCCUAUUGUACCCCAUGUCGCAAGUUCAGACACCGACAUCGAUGGGUUUGCCGUUCCAAAAGACACCAUGGUCUUCAUCAACAACUUGGAGCUGAACAUGGGUGAAGAAUACUGGACAGAACCCAAAAAGUUUAUGCCAGAAAGGUUUCUGUCACCUGCUGGCAAAGUGGUGAAACCUGCGCACUUUAUACCAUUCAGCACAGGUAAAAGAACCUGUAUUGGCCAAAGAUUGGUCCAAUGUUUCAGUUUCCUAAUUAUAGCGUCGCUUUUUCAAAAUUAUGACGUGACAGCCGGCGGCAAAAUUGAGACAAAACCUGGUUGUCUAGCAGUGCACCCAGACUCGUUCAAGCUUGUACUAAGGCCUAGGGAAAGCUGUAAGGACUGAAGGGAGUAGUAUUCGAAAAAAUAAGCCGAUAUAUUGCCUUGAUUUCCCCUUCAUCGAAAUUUGUGAAGGAGGAUGAAACCUGAUCGGUUUAAUUAGAGUACCUGCCUUGGAUAUUUCAUUUAUUAUGAGACUGAGACUGAGGGGUUCGGGGCAGGGAAAAAAUGUGAUAUUUAAAAUUUUAUAAUUAUGAAACGAGAAAGGUGAUGACCGUAAGUGCAUUCAGCUUGUCCGAGGAAUUAUCCGUGGACGGGAUGAGUAGAAGUUACGUUGUCUCAAAAAAAAAAUGAGACAAAGCAAUGGCUCAACUAGGUUGAUUUUUUGAGCAUUUUUUGCGUUUUUAAAUAUAUCCUAUAAAUGUCGACUUUUUAUAUAUUAUUAUUAUGGUCAGAUAGUCAUUUUUGUAUUAAUUGCUAUUAAUAUUUCUGGUACUUUUUUGAAAAUAGUACUGACUGUUUGCCAAAAAUCAAAACGUAGUUUUAUGACUAGUAAGUACAAGAGAUAUUCUACAGUAGCCUUUGUAAAUAUGAGCGCAAAAUUGGACGUUUUUAUAUUCGUAUUUAUUGAAAACUAACAAAAAAAUCAUCCAAUUUAAUACAAGGUGAGUUUUUAGUGCGUUAUACAUAUGUUGAUGGAAAAUAUCCAAACAUUUCCAUCAAUAUACAUGGUUAUCCUAGUAAUCGGACUCCCGUUCUGUUCUUUAAAAACAUACGAAAAGGUGCUAAAAGUAACUUUUAAUAUCGUGUGAUAUUUCACUUUUAAGGAUCCCCUAGACCCACGCCAUUAGUCCGCUGCGAUAUUCGUGGCGAUAUAUUCUCCUAUAACUAUCUAAAACUGUAAUGACUCAUCGAUGUUCACGUGAACAUCACUUAACUACCAGUAGUCGGCUGUUCAUAGGCGGGGUAUGAAUGUUUAACAUGGGUGAACUAGAUGCCACAUUUUUGUUUCUUCCUUCACAACAUGACGGAUAGCAUUCUGCCAAGCUUCGGCGUUACUAGCUGUAUGGAAGUCUCAAGUAAAACCUUAACGUCUGGUAGUUUGAAGGUUGUGUUAUGGCGCGCAAUAUAAACCUUCACUUGAGCCCAGAUGAGCUCUAUUGGGUUCAGUUCACAGUGGUAGGGCGGUAACCGCAGCACAGUGACACCACAUUGACGGGCCAUCUCAUCAGUCACGUAACUAAUGUUCGCAGGUUUGUGCUGUUUAAUUUUUUCAUACAAUUCCGCUUUCACACAUGAAUCGUCAAACGGGAUUCCUUUUUCGCGCAACCAUUGCCGCAUGUCACUUUUUCGAGAUCCCAUAGUCGGUACACGUUCGGCUCGACGAUUAUGGUAGAAAGCAUUAUCCAUGACGAUCACAGAGUUGGGCUCAACUCGCUGAAGCACCCCUUGAAACCAGCUCUCGAAGCAGCUGGCAUUCAUUUCGUCAUGGUAAUCACCUCCUUUCUUAGAGACGAAAAUCAAGUCACACUCUUCUAAAAAGCCACUAUCGCUACCAAUAUGAGUUACGAUCAAUCUUUGACCUUUCCCUGACGGUCCACGAAGACCUGUUGACAAACCUUCAAUGCUUGCUUGUCGGUUACUCACUACGUUUUUGUCUAUCCAGGUUUUUUUAACUGUGUGACCUGCAUUUACCCAUGUCUCGUCCAAAUAAUAGAUUUUUCUGCUUUGUCGCCUAUAUUCAAUCAUUUCGCGUAGGUAUUUUCGACGCCAGACGACUAUUUCAGGUCUCUCUAUCAAUACUGACUUCCUAUUACGCGUUUCGUAACGAAAAUUAAUUUCGUGCAGGGAUUUCCUCAUUACCUCGACGCUCAUUUGGGGUAUAAUUUCAUUUUCCUUGAUUUUCCAUGUACAGCCUUGAGGGUUGGUAUCUCAUUCCUAAAGAAGAAUGAAUGUACGGUUCGCCUUAACGCCAUUUUGCUAUCGUCAUCCAAUUUAACGGCCUUUCGUCCCUUCAAAUUAAACUUUGGAUCAGUAGUAGCUCCAGUUUUCUUCUUUUCAUGCACCACCCUGCGAAUGGUCCACUCUGGAACGCCUGUCAUACUUUCACAACGCGCGAGUGCAUCUCCCUGCGAUAUAGUUCUGUUCAGAUAAUUGAACACGUUGAGCACGAUUUCUUUCGCGUCCCUCUUCAGUGCUUUACGAAGCAGUCUACUUGUUCCCUGGCUUUCAGUACUUCCACUCGUGCCAUUUGUACUCUCCAUGGUUAAGUGUAACCAAAACAGUAACCACAGAAACCACAACAAUAACAAUCACACAACAAUUCUUAUAAAAACACACAAUAUGCGAUCGCUCAACGAAACACAUUCCAAUGCGUUGCCGACGCCUAUGAGUCUGCCGGUCGAGGCGCGUCUUUGAUUUCAUUGGUUCUACCGGCGGAGAACAAUCAGCCAUUAUUUCCAUCUCUGUCUGUGCUGUUGACCACCGCAAAGCCACAGAAACGUCAUAUGUCGUACGCUAUACGGCUGUACUGGAAGGAAGCCGGGAUCGAGCUCUGAUCACGUGUUGAUCACGCGUAUAAGUCAUUACAGUUUUAAAUAGUUGUAGUAUACGAAUAUUUGAGGGACUUUUCAUAUCAAAGCGAGAAGAUUGCAGUGGAUUGACAGUAGACGGUGUGAGAGUGUCGCUUUUAAACCAAAUUAAAAAAUGUAUUCUUCAGAUGAAGCAAUUCUAUUUCUCGCUUUGGAGGACGAAGAACGGGGUAGGUAUGAAUUCCUUGCAAUACCUACGUUAGAUAAUCUAGAUCCAUUACAAGCCUUUCCUAACAUCGAAAAUGAUUCAAGACGUCCAACGAAUCUGUCAUUUUCUAUUUUUGGUCAAGAUCAGUUUAGCUAUGCCAAUAAUAAAAUAUAUUAAAAUUAUUCUUCAGUAUAAAGAGGUUGUCUCAUCAGUGUCAUUUAAUUCCGCUCCUAUAUCAUCGCGAAUUUUUUUCUUUUUUACGAACAUUUUUAUAGUCCCCGUUACUUAAGUCGUAAAGAAUUGGAAAUUGUUUAAUUACUUUUCAGUAUUUGCCAUUGCGACAGCGAAUAAAAACCGUGCAAGCAGACUAAGAUUUAGACGCUGUACUGUCGCGCCGCUACUGGCGAAACUGACGCACCUGGUCCGUUCUUUUUUAUUUACUUCUGGCAGAGUAGUUUCUGAGCGACAAUGUCGUCGCAAAUCAUUCGCAGUUGGCGCGAAAUAUUCGCGACGGUCUGGGGGAUCCUUAAUCAUCGUUGAAAAUUUUUAUUAAAAAAAAAACCUUACACUUCCCCGAUUCGAAAAUAGGUGCCAGAACCAGAAACUUGGUAGCCUAAGGGCCGUAUCGUCAGUCGUUCCUACAAUUGUAGGACGCCUUCAUGGCCUUCUUGAUUGAUAUAGUUUUCUACAACCUACUUCACAACCCCGAUAGCAUUAAAUAUUUAAAAAAAAAUGUUUGUUAAAUAUUUGUAACGACAAUAUCCCCAUAUGAGAAUAAAUUCUGACGAAACGUUCGUCUUCUAUGGCUCCUGUAAGGAAAGCUUCGAUUACAACCACAAACUCACCCUGUAUCGUUUAUUAAGCCGGAAGCAAAUAUCGUAUGCCACAUAUAUGUAUUUUUAACAAUGGUUUACGAUUCAUUUAAACAAGUAUUAAUGGAAUGAAGAUUAGACAGUAAGUAAUCAUGUAAUUCUUUUCUUGAGGUGAGAAUAAGACUGCUCAUAUUUGUGGACAGCAUAAAAUGGUACUUGAUUUUCCAUAGUAUACAGAGGCUUUAUUGUAUAUUUUUGACAUUUGUUUGAGUGAAACUGAAAUGCAAGUUUCAGUUUAUCUAAAAAACCCAUUUUAAAUACCUGUUAGUCAAAGCGAAAGCCUUUGCAUUCCUGGGAGAAAGGAUGAGGGUCUAUAAGCGGGUUUUUCCGCCCUGAAUAUAAUUAAAAUCUCAAGUUGAUCGCAUCUUAGAAAUUUUUGCGUUUAAAUAUUUUAGAAGCAUACGUAUUUUACAGUUCCGUCAGAAUUUUUUUAUCACUUGAUUGUUUUUUUGGAGGCCAAACUUCGCAAUAAAAACCCUGAUCCUUUUCCGAAUCAAUUUUUUAAUAAUAUCACGCUUGAUGGAUACCGCUUAACAUGUAUUAAGAGAUUUUCUGUUGUCGGGCUGUAACCUGGUGCAGAUUCGUUUAAGCAAUUUUCAAACAAAUUCAAACAAAAAGUGUUCUUUCACUUUAGAAGUUUUUUAGAUUAAUCUGAAUAACUAAGGUCCUUGAUAACUUUCCAAAAAAGUAUGUAGCACGACACAACAUAAAAAUCGCUGGGUCGCUCUCAGUAGAUUCUGUACAAGAGCUCUGUAUCGAAAUCUCGUGAAAGGAAGAAAGCGAAUAUUUUGUUAGCUCACCAUGUUUAGGCGCUCCAUGUGGAAUCCUGGACAGCUAUCAUGACGUUAUCUCAGUAACCGUUGCACAUAUUUUGAUAAAAUAUAGGCAUUUAAUAUUUUAUUUUCACCCUUACAGUGAUUGCAAUUCAUUCAGGAUAACUUAAGCUAAAGUGUACUCAACUCCCGCUGAAACGGAGCGCGUGACGUUUAAAUUGAAAGCUUGCAGUGUAGUUUUUGAAAUUCGGUUAGUGGCGGUGGAGAAAAUGGUCAAAAAUCGAAGUUCAACCUCCCCUUAAUCAAGUAGUAUUUUGAGCUUGGUUUAUUUCAAAGCUUUGUUCUUUAAUAGAACAUAUGGUGUUUCACAGACCCCAAAUCGCUUAAGAAUCGAAAAUGGUUAACCUCAGAGAAAAGCUACCGAGGACCUUUUUUCAGAAUGAUUCGAAUAAACCUAAGAAAACUUGAGCGAAAAACAAAAGUUGUAUAAAGAAAUUACUUCAACAGAUUUGUUAAGGGUCACCCAACAAACACGGUUAUGAAAAAGUCCAGUCGGAAAAUGUAUAUUACGAAUGUGGGGUCCUCGCCUCAUCUAUAUAGAGAUGUAAUAUAUUAUGUAUCCUUGUUUCAAAGUCUUGAUCGUCUUGAAUACAAGUUAGGAUUUCUGGUAAUACUGAUAUGUGAAUCUGUUAAAAUACAAUCUAUAUCCCAGAAAUUGUUACACUACUAUAACUAAUAGGCUUACACAUUGUGACAUCACCACAGUCUGCUUUACUGCAUCAUAUCAUUAUGAAUUAUUGCAUUGUAUAUAGUCCAUUUCAAUUUAUUGUGAAGGUUUAUUUGUUAUUUAUCUUUUUUAUCUUCUCCCCAGUGUUCGGUGUAAUGAGAUUUUUA